UUUUACUCUCUCUCUCUCUCUCUCCUCACCGUCUUCUUCCUUUCUUCGACCUAAUAAUUCACUCCUCUAUAAUACGUUACAAUUCAAUUUCUUUAUCUUCAAAACCCUAGAACAUCUUCAUGGAGCCUCGUGUUGCUAAUAAGUUUCGAUUAGGUCGUAAGAUUGGAAGCGGAUCCUUCGGAGAGAUCUAUUUAGGUACUAAUGUUCAGACAAAUGAAGAAGUUGCAAUUAAGCUUGAAAAUGUCAAGACAAAACAUCCUCAGCUGCUGUACGAGUCCAAGUUAUACAGGAUUCUACAGGGAGGAACUGGUAUUCCAAAUGUGAGAUGGUUUGGAGUGGAGGGAGAUUAUAAUGUUCUCGUGAUGGAUUUGCUCGGGCCCAGUCUUGAGGAUUUAUUCAAUUUCUGUAACAGAAAACUUUCUUUAAAAACCGUUCUCAUGCUUGCAGAUCAAAUGAUCAACCGUAUUGAAUUUGUGCACUCUAAAUCAUUUCUACAUCGCGAUAUCAAGCCUGACAAUUUUCUUAUGGGCCUGGGACGACGUGCAAAUCAAGUCUACAUCAUUGAUUUUGGUCUGGCCAAGAAAUACAGGGAUACUACAACUCACCAGCACAUUCCGUACAGAGACAACAAAAACUUGACCGGGACUGCUAGAUACGCAAGCAUGAAUACUCAUCUUGGAAUUGAACAAAGCAGGAGGGAUGAUUUAGAAUCUCUUGGAUACGUUCUCAUGUAUUUCCUAAGAGGGAGCCUUCCUUGGCAAGGGCUGAAAGCGGGAAAUAAGAAACAGAAAUACGAGAAAAUAAGUGAGAAAAAAGUUUCUACAUCAAUUGAGGCCUUAUGUCGCGGUUAUCCAACAGAGUUUGCAUCAUACUUCCAUUACUGCCGUUCGUUGAGGUUUGAGGACAAACCCGAUUAUGCUUAUCUGAAGAGAAUAUUCCGUGACCUCUUUAUCCGUGAAGGGUUUCAGUUUGAUUACGUUUUUGAUUGGACGAUUUUGAAGUAUCAGCAAUCACAGAUUGCUCCUCCUCCGACCCGCGGUCCUGGUAUGGAUGCUGGGCCAAGCUCUGCUAUUCCAAAUGGCGAGCAAAGUGGGAGACAGGCGGGCUUAUCUUCAUUGGAUCCUUCGCGUAGAAGAAAUUCCGGCAAUUUACUACCUAGGGAAAAGAGUCCGGUUGCUAAUGAUGCAACAAUCAGUACAGAUGCCAUGAGAGCAAGUGGAUCGACGAGGCAUGUGGACUCCAGUGGUCGGGCCCGCAUCCCGGACACUAGACCGAGAAGCUCACCACGAGACGGAUCCUCGAAUCAGAAUGCAGCUGCGGGGACAAACAAGUAUGAAAGCACUCUUAAGGGAAUAGAAAGUCUAAAUUUUGAUGAUAAUAAAAGGGUUGGUUAAUCUCUUGUAAAUUGUGCAACUUUAUUCCAUAAAACAAAGAAAUUGGCCUUGAUAGUAAUUGUGAUAGUUGGUGACCCAGUAAUAUGUAAAUUUGUAGCUUUUUAUGACUUUCAACAUACAUCUCUUUCUAGUAAAAAUGUUCACAUGAGUUUGGUGUUUUUUUUAA